AUGCGAUAUAAUAAUAACACAACUUUACGGUACCGCACCAACAAGCAGCACAACCCAACAACUGUCGCUUGUGCACUAACGUGCGCACGCGUAUGAAGAAACCUAAUCUUUCUCUGAUCUAAAUUCAUGAGUGCAGAACAUAAUAAAACAAUUUUAUAAAUUUUUGCAGAUUCUGAGUACAGUUCGUUGUAAAAUACGUGAAGAAUUCUUUGUGUGUCACCUUUUGAGCACAAUUUCCAGAGACAGGAUUAUUCCGCGGAACAGACCGAUUCAUUGAUCGGAUUUGUAUACGCCAAAAAUAAUUAUGCCGUAUUGAAAAACCUAUAUUUUUUUGGGAAAACCAGAGGGCUUGAACGUUUCCUGUGAAGUUUAUCUAUUGGACAAAUUUAUUUAGUCAUGGAAUAUCUUUGGAGAUGCUUCCAGAUACGUUUCUUUCUGUAUUGCGCACUAGUGUGCGGAUAUCAGUCACCUACGACCUUCGCCGGUGAUGUUCCGGUGAAUCCGAUAGACGCUUUGAAAGAACUCGCGCUGAUGUCGUUUGACGAAGUUGUGCAGAAGUAUGGAACAAACGCAGCAAUCGCACCAAACGAGCCGCAGCCGCUGGCCGUAUCGCUUCAGAUUGGUUCAGGGCGGCAUUACACGCGACGUCCAAAUGAUCCUGGUUCAGGAUUGUUCCGGAUGGCAGAGGCGAUUUCAUAUUAUCCCGGUUCGCAGCCAGUUGAGGAGGUGCCGGUAGCAGAAAAUCCAGGUUGCAUGCCACGAGAAACUGUCAUUGAAAUGCCGAAUCAAAAUUCGGCGCAAGUAGUUUAUCCUGCUGGGACUAAAGUGAAGCGUUGCACAGGAGUUUGUGGACAUUCCAAUUUGUUGUGCCAGUCCACAUCUUCCCGUACGGUACAAAGAAAGGGAUUGAUUCUGGUCUACAAGAGCGGAAAACUAUCUCCAUCUGGAUAUCAAACCUUUAAUUUGACGGAAGAUCUGAGCUGUGGUUGCCGGUGUUCGCAAAGUCCAGAUGAAUGCAAACCGAAUCAAAAAUACGAGCCGUCAAACUGCAAAUGCAUGUGCAGAAAUCAUGAUGACAGCGUCAUGUGCGGUCCACACAGAGUGUGGGAUCACGUGGAGUGCAAAUGCAAAUGUCCGAAAACGUGCAGAGCAUGUGUUUCAGGGACGCAGUUCGACGAUUAUCUUUGUUCAUGCGUUCCCACCGGAUCGCGAGCGGUGAGACCAGGAAGGAGAAACUGAUCCUUUCUUGCACAGCACGUGUAAAAGUAUUUCUUCGCCACUGCAUUAGCAGAUGCAGAUAGGAACUGUAAUUACAUUGUGGGUCCAGUACCUGGGGCCUACAGCUAGUACAGCAGCAAUGAACGUACUGUACAAUACACUAGUCGGUAGUUGUACUGUACGCAUUAGUGCAAUAAUAAAUUGCAGACGAACAACCUUUUAUUGGUUUGCCGCAAUCGCGAUUUCGUGAAAUAUCAGCUGGUUUUUUGUUUUUUAUGCUCGUGCCUACAUAAAUGAAAUUUUUAAUUUGUGGUAUACUUGCGAAUUCUCUAACCUGUACAAGUAGAAUAUGGCAUCGUAAAAUGGUCACGAUUUCGAAGUCCAGACUUCACAGGAAGAGCGAAACUGACGCAGACACUUUUUAUUUCUUAAUCAUAUAAAUAUUUUGUGCUGCUGCAGAUUUGUGGUUUAGCUGAUGUCCUCAGUUGUAAUAAAUUUUUCAUUCACCCGAACCUAUAGAAACGAUGUUUUCGUGAGAAUUCCAUAAUAGUUUGCCAAAAAAUUUUGAUGUCCCAUUGCGAUAUAAUUUCGUUUUAUCAUUUGUUCGCUGGUAAUAAAAUUCGUUGAAACCCCCGCCGUCC